AUGGAAGAUCCCCUUGGUGACUCGAUGGACGUGGCGUCCCCGUACCCGGGGCACGCAGAUGACUUUGAGAUUGAUAUUGAUAUCAUGGAAGAUCAAGCUUCUAACGCAGACAACGACUUUGACGUCAGAGAUGCUUCGCCAGAAGCAAUGCCCCAGCCGGAAGAUUUGGUUGCUACGAACGAUGCCGAUAUGGACGAUGUCGCCGAGCCCUCUGCAACCAACACGUUCGACAACGCCGAAAGCCAUAACCAGAAUAAUAGCACCGUCUACUCAAGCCAUGUAACGUACGAGUCGGAGAUGCUAGAUGAAGACUACGAAGAGGAUAUCGAUGCCCCUAUUCCUGACUCCGAGGCCCUCGCAGUGGAAGCUGGGAAGACGUUGGAACCCAACGUCGAGGAGCAUGAACCGAACGCGGCAAACGAGGGAAUAAACCAGGAUGAUGCAGAGCGAGUCCCCGAAGGAGUUCAUGAGAACGAGCAUUACCACCAAUACGACGAAACACCCAGCCAUCGUGAUGAUACUAACAGCACAGCUCACGUUGAGUCACAGCAGGCCCCUACUUUGAGCAAUACUGAAGCCCAAACUCCUGACCAGCCUGAAGGAGGUGAGCCUGAUGAUGGAGGUGAACCCGACGAGGCUGGGCUGGCGCAUGACGUAGGGGAAGAACACGAAGAACACGACCAAUAUCCUCAGGCCGAGCAUGACCCCGAAGGCGAAGACCAACACCCAGAAACAACUCAGCAUGAGCGAUAUCUACACCCAGUUAAAGUACUGUAUCAAGACAGCGAAAUAUCUCUGUUUCCGCCGCGGGAAGGUGACUCUUCGGAAACGUUCUUCCUUGAGGACGAAGGCUUGGCCUACGAAAAUCUUGACCACCUCCUUGCGGCAUGUCGUCAAAUUCUUGGCGAACAUGUUAGCGAGGAUGAGGUAUUAGUACUUGAUAUAGAGUCGUUAGGUCUCCAGCUAAGUGAGGAUAAUCUGCACGUUUCCAAGAUGACCCUGUCUCAGAUCGUUGAUAUAUACCUGCAUUUGUGCCAUAAUGACGGUGUUGAUGAGCCAGAACCUUUGUAUCUUACUUUGAGCACGAGAUCGACCCUUCUCGCUGAGGUCUCUAACCUAGCUAUGGCCGCAAAUGAAGGAAAGGGUAUUUCCCAUAUUCAUUCAUGGGACGAAUAUGGAAAUCAAGAAGAGGAAGAAGAAGAGAAGGAGCAGGCUGGUGAUGACACCGGAGCCGCAGAUAAUGAAGACUUUCAAGAGAAGCAAGCUGGGGUGUCGGACGACCUCCCAGCGAAUGCUAUCUCUGAGCCUCCUGUCCAGUCUGAAGAAGGCCAAGAUGAUGUUGUGCCCGCUAACCAUCAGCCUGAAGACUACGUAGCAGACCAAGCUUUGGAUAAGGGCGUUUCUGAGUCAGAUGGCUCCCAUGUCGAGCACGCAAAUGAUGCAGAAACAAACCAAGAAAUAGCUGAAGAUGAAGAGUCGUCACAUGAACAAGAUAACAGCCCUGCUUCUGCUGCUGAAGCUAACGAGGAUGACGGCAAUGCCGAGAACUUUGACCAUGCUUCCCAGGAAGAUGUCCAGGACAACCAACAAUCAGAGCAGGCGCUUUCAACUACUGAUCUUCCUGCGGAAGGCCCAUAUGAUUCCGAAGAGCAAACCGAGUCCACAGCCACACUAGCACAUGCUCCAGUAACGCAGUCCGACGAGCAACAACCAAGCCAAAUAAUUGAUCCGAGUUCUGGUCAGGACCACAUUACUUCAGACCAUGAAGGUCAUGAGCAUGAUGCAGGUGAGAACUUUGUUGACGGUGACGAAGAUGACGCUGAAGAAGACAAUUUUGAAGACCAAAAUGUCGAGGAAGGAGAAGAAUAUUACGGUGGAGAAGAGGAAGAGGAAGAGGAAGAGGAAGCAGCAGCAGAAGCAGCAGCAGAAGCAGCAGCAGAAGCAGCAGAAGCAGCAGAAAAUCCUGAAGAAGAUUUUGGUCUUCAAGGCGGUAUUCCGUCUGACUCGGGUGAUCUUCAGGCUCCUGCAACAUUGUCUCACCAUGAAGCCCCUUCAGAUUCUGGCCAAGGCCAUUCGACAGAUCACCAGUCGUUGAAUGCGAUGCCAGAUCCGUAUGAUGACACGGAGGGUGAGAAACAACUACCUGUUGACCACCUCGAUCAUCCGGAAGAGACCACACGGAAAACACCGGAAUUGGCCGAUGAUCUUUUGGGUGUGGAUGAGGGUCUCUUUGCAAGCCCUGAGAAAGGUUCAAAGAGCGCUGACUCAACGCUUGCCGGACAAGCCGAUAACGAUCCUGGAGAUCCUGGAGAAGUCCAGGAUAGUGCGCAGGACAACACUCACUCAUUGCAUCAAUCCGGAGAUGACUUUGAGGAGCUGGAAUUUGAUGAUGAGGAUUAUUUUGAGCUGGAUGACACCGAGCAUCCGGCAGAUGAAAGUGGAGAACUUGGUGCCGAUAAAUUGCAAGUUCAUGGAAGCGGUCGUGGAAAACGCUCUCGUGAAGCGGAUGAUGAACUUGAUUUUGCCGAGACCCCAACUCCGGAUGCUAAACGGUCCCGUUCUUCGUGA